AUGACUGACGCACACUCUUACCCGUGUAUAGAUUCACCAUCGAAUGAUACUUUAUAUCUACAAGGACCUCAAUUUUGGCCAGGAUCCACGCCCAUUCAUCCACCAACACCAAGUCCUGUAAAACGAUUGAUUAGAUUUAUUAACAGUUUCUCGUUGGUAAAUCUAUCUAAACGACGAGGGUCGGAUUCCAGCAUUACAAGUACCGACUCGUUGACGGAUAAUUUAUAUAUUAAUAAUGAGUUUGAUCGUAAAACAAUAAAUCGUAAGAAAUGCGCAAGACGACCGCACUCGUCAAAUCCACCAUCUCUCAAUCGAAAGAUAUUAUACAAAUCACGCCAUCACAGUAUCGCCUAUUUCCCUCGUCAUGGGGGACAUUCGUGUUCGACUCCGGACAAGAAAAUAGCCCGACCGAUAUCAAAAACCAAGUUCAUCGUCAACAUCCAUUGGCUACCGCACUAUCACAUCGAACUAUCUCUCCCGCGGACUAUAUCCCUUAGACAGUUUUAUCGCACUGUAGAGAAGGCGUUAUCCGUCAAGUUGCCAUCCGGUUUGAUUGUAUUGUAUCAUACGGAAAAAUUUACUAAACUGGAUGAACUGAGGAUGAAGUCAAGAAGAGAUCGAGCGAUCGUGGCAUAUUGCAUGGAAGAAGGGAAAGUAGUUACGGUUGAUGAAGAUAGAGAAUGGAGGUGUAGAAUGGUUGAGUGGGAUACGGCAACGGAAGUCACUUUGGUUUCUUUGAAAAAGUGUUAA